CCCGCGGGCCCCGCAGCCUGGUGGCUGGCUGGGGCUAACUCGCCUAGCGGGCUGUGACAGGGCGAUGCCGAGCCCGGGGGCUUGAAAUGGAGUGGGGCCACCGGUGACUCCCGCCCUCCAUGGGCUGUGUCAGCUUUUAGCACCGUCCUAACUCUGUCCUCUACCCCCGCCCCCCGCCCCGCUGGAUUUCCAAUUAGCCACAGUAGGCACGUGCCUGGGUUGCCUAAAAGUUAAACAUGGGUUAAAAGUUUCAAUUUUUAUGGACAACAAGAAGGUGCAGCCGUGUCAGGAAUACUGUGAGCAGGACUGGUCACCCUGUCUCAGAAAGGAUGUUGUAGUGUUAGAGGAGGGUUCAGAGAAGGGUGAUAAGAAUGAUUAAGGGCCUGGAAGCAUGUUCAUGAAGACAGAUUGAAAGGAUUGGGAUUGCCUACUUUAGGAGGAGUAUGGCUACCUUUCAGCAAAAGAUCGUAAAUAUGAUCAAGUGUUUUAGAAGACAAUGGUGCUUAUUUUCAGACUCAGAAAGGACUACUGUUUGUGGUGCAGACUGCAUGAUGAUGGCUUUACAGCUAUCAAUGGCUGAAGUCAAUAAACAGCUUCAUGGAGAUUUCACAGUGUCUCUUAGUGAUGUGGUGGAAACCUGGAAAUACUUGCUACAUGAUAAACUGGGAUUGACAUGUGAGAAUAUGGAAGCACCUGAAAAUUAUGCUGAUAUCAGAAAAGCUUAUGACUCCUUCUUAAAGAGAAGUAAUAUGUUAGAUCUAAUUGAUAUCUGCCAGCAGUGUCAUACAUUAAUACCUGAAUCUGAAAUUGAAGAGAUAUCCCAUGUUCAACUGUUAAAAUUUAUCUCUGGCUUAUCAGAAGAGAACGGUUCUAGUCUUUCCAUACCCUCAACACCAAUGAGACACAGCCAGGAUAAUGUGAAGUUGCUAUUGAUCGUGAAGAAAUUUGUUUAUGCAUAUUUAAGCCUGUUGGUGAAUUCUAAUAAUGAUCUGGCCCUGGCUCAUGUUCUAAAUAUUCCUGAUAGAGGACUUGGAAGAGAAGCCUUCACUGAUCUAAAGCAUGCUGCACAGAAGAGACAAAUGUCCAUUUUCCUGAUGGCAACAUCUUUCAUCCGAAUGAUAGAACUUGGAGGAAAAGGUUAUGCACUUUCACCAUUUGACACUUUAAGAACCCAUGUAAAGGGACUUUCAGACUUCGUUAACUUUCUCGACAAGCUGGAAGAAAUCAUCGGCGAAGUCCUGGAUCCACGAAUUGCAGGGGGGCGAAUUCUAUCAACAAUCAAGAUGCACUUGAUAAAAGGCCGAAACAGUGGGGAUCCCUUCUGUCGAGCAGCAGAGGAAGUUUUACAAGAUUUGGAUUUGAGGAUUAAAAAUAUUAUCAAUUCUCAACAUGAAGCUGUGACUGCUAACACCACUGGAAUCAGUCCAGCCCGGCCAAAAUUACAUGCCAUAAACCAUGGCACUGCCUACUGUGGCAGAGAAACUGUGAAGGCCUUACUAGUUCUUUUGGAUGAAGAAGCUGCCAAUCUUCCCACCAAAAACAAAGCAGAACUAUUAUAUGGUGAUGAAAAUGUAACACCAUUUGGAAUCACCUCUGUCUUAAUGCUCUUUAGAUCUCCAGCACAAUCCACUGGGUCUUCUCCAAAACCUCUCAGACAACGUAUUAAAACAUCUGUUGGUGAAAGAAAAAUUAAGGUGUU